CUAAGUAAAGUAGCUCCAGAAGGAUGGAAAGAGGAAUCAAAGAAAAAGAACAAGCCCCCUGUCAACUUUGUUCUCUUCUUUCGCAUCAAGUUUUUUGUGGAUGAUGUCAGUCUUAUACAGCAUACUUUGACCUGUCACCAGUAUUAUCUGCAGUUGCGGAAGGACAUUCUGGAAGACAGGAUGCACUGUGAUGAUGAGACAGCCUUAUUAUUAGCAUCCCUAGCCCUCCAAGCUGAGUAUGGAGAUUACCAGGCAGAGGUACACGGCAUGUCCUAUUUCAGACUAGAGCACUACCUCCCAGCAAGGGUGAUGGAGAAACUGGAUCUGUCCUACGUCAAAGAAGAGCUGCCCAAAUUGCAUAGCACUUAUGUGGGUGCUUCUGAAAAGGAGACAGAGUUAGAAUUUUUGAAG